GCCGCCCGCAGCGAGCGAGCGAGGACUCGGGACGGGACGGGAGGUGUUUUGUGUUUGUGCGAGGGACAAAGCCGCCGCCAUCUUUGUGCUCGUGCGGACAACGAGGCGGAGCGGGCCCGUGGGGCCCCCCCUCAGCGCCUUGAGGCGGGGCGCGAAGCGCGCAGAGGCCGCAACCCCCACCGCCGCCACCGCGGCGGCCAUUACAGGACUGCCCCCCUCCCCUCACCAGCCCCCCCCCCACACCCCGUCCGCCAUUUUGUCCCCCCCCUCAGCAGGCGGCCGGCCCUGACUGGCUGCUUUCAUUUGUCACGCCGCCAUUGGCUGGCGGGCGGCGGGGGGGACAGGCCCGCGCGGCGCGUGACGUCAGGACGCUGCGCAGCGCGGCCGGCGGCUAUUUAAGGGCGGUGCGCGGCGGUGCGCAGGAGCAGCCAGCAGGCGGGUCGGGCCCGGGCAGGCUGGCGGCGGCUGCAUCGCGCCUCAUCCCCGCGGGAGCGGAGCGGCACAGGGCGGCAGGCCCCGGUCCCACACCACCGCAGCGGCUUCUCGGCGCUCGCUGAUUUUUUUUUUUUUUUGGUCUCAGAGCGGCUCUCGUAUUUUUUUUAUUUUUUUAUUUUUCUCCCGGCCCUUAGUGGGAAGGCGCGGCCGAGAUGGAUCCCUGUCACACUGAGGAGACCGAGGGCGAGAUCCCCGGGCUGGCUACCACAGAAACCGAGGCGGAGCCCAACCUGACCUCCAAUGUGAUGCUGAACACAGAGAGCAGCGAGGGAUAUGUGGUGAAAGUGAGGGGGCUGCCCUGGUCCUGCUCCACUGAGGAGGUGCAGAGGUUUUUUUCUGACUGCAAAAUUCUAAACGGUGCUUUAGGUAUCCGUUUCAUCUACACAAGGGAGGGCAGACCAAGUGGAGAAGCAUUUGCUGAGCUUGAAUCAGAAGAGGAUGUGAAAUUGGCACUGAAAAAGGACAGAGAAACAAUGGGACACAGAUAUGUUGAAGUUUUCAAGUCAAACAACGUUGAAAUGGAUUGGGUUCUGAAGCAUACUGGUCCCAACAGCCCUGAUACGGCUAAUGAUGGUUUUGUACGUCUUAGAGGACUCCCAUUUGGCUGUAGUAAAGAAGAAAUUGUACAGUUUUUUUCAGGGUUGGAAAUCGUGCCAAAUGGGAUAACAUUGCCGGUGGACUUCCAGGGGAGGAGUACGGGGGAGGCCUUCGUGCAGUUUGCUUCACAGGAAAUAGCUGAAAAGGCUCUAAAGAAACACAAGGAAAGAAUAGGGCACAGGUACAUUGAGAUCUUCAAGAGUAGCCGAGCAGAAGUGCGCACUCACUAUGACCCUCCACGCAAGCUGAUGGCGAUGCAGAGACCAGGUCCUUACGACAGACCUGGUCUGACGCGGGGAUAUAACAGUCUUGGUAGAGGAAGUGGCUUGGAAAGAAUGAGGCGUGGAGCUUAUGGAGGAGGUUAUGGAGGUUACGAUGACUACAAUGGGUAUAAUGAUGGCUAUGGUUUUGGUUCUGAUAGAUUUGGAAGAGAAUGGACUCUCUUCUCUGCAGGAAUGUCGGACCACAGAUAUGGCGACGGGACGUCCACCUUCCAGAGCACGACUGGCCACUGUGUCCACAUGAGAGGUCUGCCUUACAGAGCGACGGAGAACGACAUCUACAACUUCUUCUCACCUCUGAACCCUGUAAGAGUACACAUUGAAAUUGGACCAGAUGGCAGAGUGACUGGAGAGGCAGAUGUUGAAUUCGCUACUCAUGAGGACGCGGUGGCCGCUAUGUCCAAAGACAAAGCAAAUAUGCAACACAGAUACGUAGAACUCUUCUUGAAUUCUACAGCAGGAGGAAGUGGUGGUGCCUAUGGCAGUCAAAUGAUGGGAGCAAUGGUCAAGGAAUCGGAAGGGGUAGUUCAAGAUUGGAACACUAGCACAUUGCCAGGAAGCCAAUCCAGUUAUGGUGGCCCAGCUAACCAGCAGUUGAGUGGGGGUUACGGAGGCGGAUAUGGUGGCCAAAGCAGCAUGAGUGGAUACGACCCGGGAAGUCAGGGCGCCAUGAACAGCAGUUACUACAGCAGCGGGAACCGUGCGUCCAUGGGAGUGAACGGCAUGGGUGGAAUGUCGAACAUGUCCAACAUGAGUGGCGGCUGGGGAAUGUAACCAAUUGCUGACUUUUGGUCAAAUCUUUUUUAAAAAACAAAAAAACAAAAAACUAAGUUUAACAGUUUUGCAAUACAAGCUUGUGAUUUAUGCUUUACUGUAAGUGAAAUCAGGAUUGUUAUUUUAAAACCUUUCAGGUUCAGUAUUUUUUGAACAUACAGAAAUGAACAUUCAUCUAGGAUGUAAUAACCAAGUUGAGCAAAGACUAUAACUGUUAAACAAUUUUGAGCGUUUCUCAAGUUAGUUUUGUUGUAGGAGUGUAUUUAAGCAGUAAGCGUAUUUAGGUUAAAGCUGUUUGAAUUAUGUUAAAUGUUGCUCUUAUACCAUAUUACAUCCAACACUGUUUUGAAUACAUGUUGAAAAAACAUGCUUUUUUGUAAAGAAACAAUAUAGGAGCUGUGUCUGAAAUUCAAAGUGAACAUUUGGCAUGUUAGUUCUAGUUUAUUUCUUUUAAUAUCCUGUAAGGCACGUUAAAGCUUUUUUUUAAGUUAAUGGGGGAAACGUGUUGAGACGCAAUACGGCUACUUUAGGAUUUUGGUCUUGGUGUUCGUAUAAAAUUCUGAGGCCUUGAUUUAAUCUUUCAUUGUAUUGUGAUUUCCUUUUUAGGUGUAUUGCGCUAAGUGAAACUUGUUAAAUAAAUCUUCCUUUUAAAAAC